AUGGCCUCGGAAUGUCGCUCGAUCGCCAGCUUCUCCCAUACUUUUCCUACUAUACACAGAGCCAAUCUACCGCCUGAGCAACCCCAAGGGCGCUUCGGCUAUGCAGACGACACUGCCGUCCUUUGCGUCGGAGACUCCCUGGAGGAGACUGCCCACAGAGCGUCGAAACAUGUUCACGAACUCAUGACAUGGGGCACCGCGAACGCGAUAACCUUCGACCCCAAGAAGACUGAAGUCAUGCACUUCUCCCGAACUACACCGAGGAAUGCACCUCCAGUCUUCCAUGGCGAGGUAGAAAAGCGGCCAGGCUCAGCCAUGCGGUGGCUCGGCAUCUGGCUUGACAGCACCCUGACGUUCAAGACGCACGUCGAGAAGUGGACUGCCAAAGCGCAAGCAGUGGCCUACCAUCUCAAGGAGGCGUGGUACCCGGGCAUGACCUGCCCGCGAUGGAAUAAGCCGGCAAAGGAAGGGCCAUCAAGAAUACGGCACCUCAUCCGGCGGAUGGACAAGUCGCUCAACACGGCCAUGCGAGCCAUCCUCCCGGUCUGGAAGACGACGCCGCUCAGCGCCAGGCACCGGGAGGCGGGCAUACCGCCAGUUUCGCACCUGCUCCAGGCGUGUCGAACGCGCUUCGCAGCCCGUCUCAAGUCCUCGACGAAGCGCACCCGCUUGCGGUGCGCCAGGCCAGACCUUCUCGCACAAUCGGCGGCAAACUUCGGCGAGUGGCUCCAAUCAGUUGCUCCACGGACAGCAAUCGUCUACUCGGACGGAUCCCUCUCCCGGAGGGAGCCGCGGGUACGGCUAUGCGACCAGAUUGUCGUAUGCCUCGAUAACCUCGCGGUCGCGACGUGUCUUCAAGGCAUGCCGUCAGAUUCCUCCCAGAAGGAGUUCCUGGAAUUCCAGGCCUUGGCCGCAGAACAUGGUGCCACUGAGAUCCGCUGGAUCCCCGGCCACACCAACAUCCCAGACGCUCUCCCGACGCUGGCAUAUCUGCGCAAGGUCGCUAGGCAGCGACCAAAAGACGCAUUCAAAGCCUGGUGGAAGUUUCUGCACCCCAACAGUACAGGCAAGAACCCACCACGGGACUUCGCUGAUUACCACGAAAGGUUGAACCACGACGAUGCGCGACUGACGUGCUCAUGCGGCAGCAACCGCUUUCCUCCUUCCCCCUUUGUUUGCACACACACCCAUUUUCUCUUACCGACUCGGCCGGGCGGAGGGUGCUCUCCGGAACCGGCCCUGUGA